GGAGCGGGGACCCCGGAGUUGCCUUAGGGCUCGUGUCUCCCGUGCCUUUGCCGCUUCUUACGGCUCUACGCUCGGCGCUUUUAAAAAGCACUUUCCAGUCCCCGUCUGGCUUAAGAGCCCCGCAGGAUAGAUUAUACGUGGCCACAGAGGAGACACAGGGGGGCCAAUUUAUGUACAGAUCGUCGUGAAAGGCACCGGAAAAAUAAAUGAUAACGUUCUUCUAGUAACUUCAGCUUUCUGAGAGGACGCCUUGAAAUCUAAAAUGCAUCACUGUAAGAGAUAUCGGUCCCCUGAGCAGGAGACCUACUUGGGUCACAGAUGGAAGAGGAAGAGGUCUCAUAGCAGAGACUAUGAUGGAAGAUUACGAUACCCACCCCGGAGGGAUUUUGCAAGGAGAUCACGGUCUAGAAGCCAUGACAGGAUGCCUUACCACAGGAGAUACAGAGACAGGCGGGACAGCGACACCUACAGAUUUGAAGACCGAAGCCCGUCUUUCGGAGAGGACUAUUACUCGACCCGCGCACGGAACUGGCGGCGGUCCAGAGGCAGAGAGCAGCACCGCGCGAAGAAGCAUCAGCAUCACUGCCGGAAACGCAGGACCAGGUCUUGUAGCAGUGCCUCCUCGAGAAGCCAACAGAGCAGUAAGCGCAGCAGGAGCGUGGAAGAUGACAAAGAAGGCCACCUGGUGUGCAGGAUCGGCGAUUGGCUCCAAGAGCGAUAUGAAAUUGUCGGCAGCCUUGGUGAAGGCACUUUUGGCAAAGUUGUGGAGUGUGUGGACCAUGCCAGAGGCAAAUCUCAGGUGGCACUGAAAAUCAUAAAAAAUGUUGGAAAGUACCGAGAAGCAGCGAGGCUGGAAAUCAAUGUCCUGAAGAAAAUCAAAGAGAAGGACAAGGAGAACAAAUUCUUGUGUGUCCUGAUGUCAGAUUGGUUCAACUUCCAUGGCCACAUGUGCAUUGCCUUCGAGCUUCUAGGCAAGAACACUUUUGAGUUCCUGAAGGAGAAUAACUUCCAGCCAUACCCUCUCCCUCAGAUUCGGCACAUGGCCUACCAGCUCUGCCAUGCCUUGAGAUUUUUACAUGACAACCAGCUGACUCACACUGACCUCAAGCCAGAAAACAUCUUGUUUGUCAACUCAGAUUUUGACACGUUGUACAACGAGAAAAAGAGCUGCGAGGAGAAAUCUAUUAGGAACACAAGCAUCCGUGUGGCAGACUUUGGAAGUGCUACUUUCGAUCACGAGCACCACACCACUAUUGUGGCUACCCGGCACUACCGUCCACCAGAAGUCAUCCUUGAGCUGGGCUGGGCACAGCCAUGUGAUGUCUGGAGUACCGGCUGCAUUUUGUUUGAGUAUUACCGUGGCUUCACGCUCUUUCAGACUCAUGAGAACCGUGAACAUCUUGUCAUGAUGGAAAAAAUCCUUGGGCCAAUUCCAUCUCACAUGAUUCAUAAAACCCGGAAACAAAAGUACUUCCACAACGGGAACCUGGUGUGGGAUGAGAACACAUCAGAUGGGAGAUACGUCCAACAGAACUGCAAGCCCCUGCGGACAUACAUGCUGCAUGACUCACUGGAACACGCACAGCUCUUUGACUUGAUGAGGAGGAUGCUAGAAUUUGAUCCUUCCCAGAGGAUCACGUUCUCCGAAGCUCUCCUGCAUCCCUUUUUUGCUGGCCUCUCUGCAGAGGAAAGGAUGCUGUGUGGUCGAAGCGCAAGCCGGGAUCUGAGCAGAUGACAGUUGGGGUGGGUGAUUGCCUGCUGGAUUUGUAUAUACCGGAUUGGUCUAGCCUCUGCAGUUCAGCUCUGGUCACCCUCUUCUCUCUCAGAGUUCAGAGGUACUGGUGUACACUGUGACAUGGACCCUGGAUAGGGGAGGGGAAGAAAAGCUACAUUGGAAAGCACAGAUUUGUCUAUUUAUAUGUUGUAAAGUUAAAAUAAAGUGUUUCUUAUUGUUUGAUA